AUGAACAAAGUCCAAUUGAUUCGACAGAAAUUGCUUACAGCUCAAAGUAGACAAAAAUCUUAUGCGGAUAAGAGAAGAAGAGGUUUAGUGUUUACAAUUGGGGACAAAGUGUUCCUACGAGUCUCUCCUAUGAAAGGUGUGAUGCAGUUUGGGAAAAAAGUUUUUCAUGUCUCAAUGCUAAGGAAAUGUAUAUCAGACUCAUCUCAGGUGCUUGAAGAACCUGUUACAUCGCUCGAUGAGAACUUGUCUUACGAGGAGGAGCCAAUGGCUAUUGUUGAUAGGCAAGUAGGAAGCUACGGUCAAAAGAAUUAUGUUCCUUAA